AUGUCAAAUUGGCAUGAGAGAAAUCGUGAAGGACCUAGUGUUGUUAGACAAGAAAAACCAUCCAAGCAAGUUAAGAAAAAUAAAACAAAUGCUAUGCCAGCCCUAUAUGCUGUAAAGUGGCAGCGGAUCAUACUGGAUGAGGCACACUAUAUAAAAGACAAAUGCUCUAAUACCACUCAAGCAGUUUUUGCUUUAGAGUCUACCUACAAAUGGGCAUUAAGUGGCACUCUAUUUCAGAACCAUCCGGGAGAGUUGUAUCCUGUGAUAAGGUACCUACAGAUAGAUCCUUAUUCCUAUUACUUUUGCGAACACUGUAAUUGUAAAGUUCUUCAUCACAGGUAUGAGUUAUGUUCAGACUGCUCCCAUGGUUCUGCAGAUCAUUUCAAUUGGUGGAAUAAAUACAUUGCUAAACCAAUUGAAAAUUCUCGAUCCAAUGAUGUUUGUGGGAAAAAAGCUAUGAUAUUGCUCAAUCAUAAAAUUUUGAAAAACUUGGUACUUAGACGCACAAAAAUAGGCAGGGCUGCUGAUCUUGCACUUCCACCUAAAACUGUUUUAGUGAGAAGGAAGUUCAAGCAAAACUUAAUAGAUAUGUUGGAGAAAAUACUACAAGGCUUCCCGGUAUUGAAAUCCUUGCCCCCACCGCACGGCUGUGCAACAAAUCAUCAAUACCUUGUGGAAUUUUCUCAAAGUCUGGCAUGUAAUGCGGCUGACAAACAAGAAAGUAGCAUUUGUCAUGAGCCAGAAGAAGAUCUUGUUGAUUUAACUUUCAACGUGGAUGUUAGGGAUCAGGAUGAUAAAACCAUGAUUAAAUAUUUCAGAUCCUCGAGAAUUUUAAGAAAAAUUGGGCUUGAGAACUUUCAGACAAGCACUAAAUUAGAGGCUUUGAGAGAAGAAAUAAGAUUCAUGAUUGAAAGAGAUGGUUCUGCAAAAGGGAUUGUUUUUAGCCAGUUCACACCAUUCUUAGAUCUUAUAUACUACUCUUUGUACAAGUCCGGAGUAUCUUGCGUUCUGUUGAACGGAAGCAUGACACAGGCCGCAUGGGAUGCUGUUGUUAAUAGAUUUAAUGUUGAACCAGACUGCAGAAUUUUGCUCACGACCUUUAGGGCUGGUGGUAUUCCACUCAAUUUGACAGUAGCAUCACAUGUAUUCAUUGUGGACCCUUGUUGCAGUCCAGCUUUAGAGCUUCAGGCUCUAGGCAGAAUUCAUCGAAUUGGGCAAUAUAAACCUAUAAGAGUUGUGAAGUUUGUCAUUGCAAACACAGUUGAGGAGAAUAUUUUGAACGUAACUGAGGGGAAUAAACUAGUUGUUCAACGGAUUUUAAACGAUUCUUCUGAAGCUAUGGAGCAAUUGUCAACUGGGGGACUUUAA